GCCAUUGGACUGCGUGUCUUAUUGUCCCCCAUCAUGAAUACAGUUGGCAAAGCAGUGGUCACCAUUCUGCUGGGCCUAGCAGGCAUCGCUCUGCCCUCUCUGACCUCAGCAGUGUAUUUCGGGACGUUCCUGGGCCUGGUGGCUUGGUGGGUGUAUCUCCGCUCCCUCAGGUUGCUGCUCUUCAGUACCCUCUGCGUGAUGAUGGCUAUAUUCAGCGCCAGUCACCUGCUGGUCCUCUACCUGUACCAGCUGCCCCUGGCCCAAAAGAUUGUACCCCCACAGGAUAUCUACGCCAGGCUGUUUGGUAUGACAGCGGUCAUCCAGACCAAUAAGGCUGAACCAUACAGUCUGGGUGUGCAUGCAGAUGUCAGCUGGCCUGUCUUCACCAACCCCAUAGUGUUGCUGCUCCUCUACUACACAUUGGUGGCCCUGCUGCACAAGUGGGUCCACAUCACUGAAGAACAGGACACUCUAGUGAAGUGUGAGAGUCCAGUAGAAAACCCUGAGAAUCCCCCCAGCUUCUCCAAGAUCUUGUUCAUCUCUGGAGACACACUAGAGCUACUGACGAGUACGGAUGAGGAAACGUACAUGCCAGAUGAGAGGGUACAUGAGCCAUCUGUCUUCCUGGUGAGCAGCUCAUGGGACGAUCUGAGGGUGAAGGAGGUUGGGUCAUUGCUGGGAGCUCCAGGGGCAGGGUAUCCAAACUCUUAUCCUCCCCCACUAUAUGAAGGAGUGGACAUAUCAACGUCACAUGGGUCAGAGAAGGUGACAGAGAGGAGUGAAGUGGAGGAGAGUUGGAUCAGAGUGUCAAUGAACGCCACAGAAACUGACCCCACCCCUCCCGGUCCCAGUGGACUGACUGUGUUUGGCCUGUUCGUCAUGAAGCACAGCUACGUCAGCGCACUCAUCGUCAUGAUGGUGUGGAGCAUCACUUACAACAGCUGGCUGACCUUUGCCUUGCUGGUGUGGUCCUGCGUCAUCUGGAUGAUGCGCGACCGCCGGCGCUAUGCCAUGAUGAGCGCUCCCUUCCUGGCGCUCUAUGGCACCAUGCUGCUGCUGCUGUCCUUCCUGAGUGGACUGAGACUGCGGCGGGAAGAGCUGUACCCCGGGCUGCCCCACGCUGUGCUGGUGGACUUUGACAUGGCCGCGUACCCAGCACCCUGCGUCCACCUGGGAUCCAAGGUCUUCUACACCUUCAGCUUCUGGCUGUUGCUCCGACAACAGCUGAAGGAGAGGCGGGAAGAGCAGGAAUUCAAGGAGUCAGGGGAGUCUCUGGACGAAGUCAAAACGCUCCCACGUAUGGACUCUGGUUUACUUUACUCUAUUUGCACUGUAAUACCGUCCCGUACAGCUUAA